GGGUCAGAACGUAGGUUGCGGUUGGUUGUAUUACGCAUUUUUUUUGAAAAGUGAAGUUUGUCAGUUUGCGGUUGAUUGGACAAAUGGGAAAAAAAUUUGCGCCGCCUCAGGGUGCUCGUCAUCCAGUAGCAGACGGGUUUGAAGUUGCGGCCGAGAAGGCCAACCCGUGAUACAUUCAUUCAUUCCCAGGCAUUCAGGACGAUAAGGAGGCCAGAUUUAAAUGGCAGAAUUUGAGAAGUAAUUAUAUGCGAGAAAGAAGGAAGCUGAGUACAAUACCAUCUGGUUCCACCGCAGAUAGUUCAAAAAUAACUUGGCCCUUCUUCACCUUGCUCUCAUUUUUGGAUGUUAGUCUCAGCCACAAGAAAACAAGGGGAAACAUUCCCAACAUAGAAAGCGGAAGUAUGGAAGGAGAGUCGCAGCAAAAUACUGAAGGAGAAAAUCAUGAGGCUGGAGAAGAAGAUACCCAGAAUGUUUCUAAAAUUAAUGCUAGUGAAAAUUUUGAAUCACAAAAUACGAAAGAUACUUCCUCAGAGAAUAGAAAACUGAAGAAACCUGGAGCAUCUGAACAAGAUUACAUCGAUAAGAUGUACCUGAACAUGCUGGAGAAGGGCUAUGGUAUUGUCAGGAAGAGUUGGGAUAUCCUGCUAGAAUGCUGCAGUAUAAAUUUUUUUGCAGUAGAAAGUGAUUUCGCUACAACUGAACAGAUUCGCAGUUCCAUGUAGCUCAGAUUCUGCAGCACAGUCACUCCCACAACUUCCUGAUCCUUCAUUACACACUAUUUCAGGAGGGUGCUGCAGUGACUACCUGGCAACAGCUGCAUCUAUUGAAGAGGUUGACAAACUCUUUGAGAGUUUAAAUAGUGGAAAGCACUGUGUUGCCCACUAAGUGAUAACAGUCUGCAAUAUAGAACACUGGUUAUCCACUUCAGCAUGAAACACUGAGAAGCAGGAUCAAUAUCAGGAUUCAGUGAGAACUCUCUUCCAUUUCGAUGGGGGCCAACCACUGCAAAGUGUUUUGACAGUCAUUUUUCAAAUCCUGGCAGAAAACUUGAAUGUUUGCUUCAUGAUCUUGAGCUCAAUGGUUAUCCCAAAGAUCCUGCUGGAUCCCUUCCUCAGAUGUAGAAGCUGCCCUGGUAUAUCUGCCUACCUCAUGUGUGUGAACUUAGCCUGCUCCUAUGGUGGUCAGUCGGGAUACUUGUUCUAUAUGUGUCAAGCCAUUUUAUGGUAAACAAAAGUCUGUUCACUGUGGUACAUCUGGCAUAAGAUUUCACUCUGUAUGCAUGCAACUGGGUGAGGCCGGUCAGCCUACAGUUACGGUGGCGGGUGAGUCUGCUUUCACGUGCGAUGCAUGCGUGACAUCACUCAGCUCUAGCAACACUAAGGAUUUGGCCAGCUCAACUGGAUCUACAUCUCUGCCCCCUGAAGAUGAUAAGCCUCACCCUACGUUGAACACAGAGUACGCGAUCUCCACUGUAAGUACCCAGCUCGAAGCUGUUCACCAAAAUGGUCAAUCCACGCUGCACUUGAUUGAGUUCCUAGUGGGCAUGGUCAACAAGUUAACUGAAGAGGUUGCCUACCUUAAAAAUGAUAACGCAUGCAUGAAAGAGGAAAUCGAGAGUCUGCAUAGGCUUAUUGUGGCUGCCCCUGGGCCUUAUGCUGCAAGUGAACUACGCAUUCCGCCUGCGGUAACCAAGGACACGGUCACUACUCAACUUGUACCGUUAAGUGCCCCUAGCAUCACGACCCUGCUUGUUUCUAAUCUACCUGCUGUUCCCACUACUGCGACCAUGGGUGGAUUGUCAUACAGGGAUGAUGUAGCAACCGGAAGUUCUCCCACUGAUGCCGAAGGCUUUAAAACUGUCAAGUACAAAAGGAAGACCCAAGCCAAGCUCCCCCCUGCAGAUAUAGUCGCAGUCAGCACUGUCAGACAUCGCAGGCAGCCGCUUAUUGGGGUUCAUAAAUCUCCAUCCCUGCCUGUCAUUGCAAAGAAGGAAAGGACAAAGGCACUUUUUGUUUCUAGAUUUAGCCCCAAGGUCACUGCUGAUGAUGUACACAAGUCCCUCAAGGAGCAAUUAAGCCUUAAAAAGUUGGUUUGCACCAGACUUAGAACUAAAUUUAACACUUAUGCAUCCUUCCAUAUUACUGUUACUGAGGAUGAAUUUUCGCUAAUCAAUGAUGUUGGUGUCUGGCCAUCAGGAUGCUUAAUUGCCCCAUAUUAUGGUAAGCUUGCGCCUGACCAAGUAUUUACCCCCAGCACAUCCGAAGCUGGAAUGUCUGAUGCUUCUGUUAAAUCUGCCGUUAACCCAGCAGGUAACGACGUGGUAGAUCUAGGCUGCUCGACAUCCAUCUAAUCAUGGCUGAUUACAACGACUCUAGCAUGGAUGGUUUGGUCAUGUCUCGUUCUAAGUCUGCCAGCUGUCUCAGAAUAUAUUAUCAAAAUGUAAGAGGACUCCAGAUGAAAUAUGUUGAAUUUUAUGAUAAUGUUUGUUCCACAGAUUUUGACAUUAUUUGUCUGACUGAGACUUGGCUUAACAAUUCGUUCUAUGAUUGCAGUAUAUUUCCUAGUAGAUGUACCGUUUACUGGUCUGACCGGGUAUCCACCAGCAAAGCUCGUGGUGGUGGUGGUGUCUUAACAGCCAUUCCCUCCAGCUUGGGUUCCUGCAGGCGCAGGCAUGAUUUAGAACUCUGCUCUGAAUGUAUAUGGGUUGAGAUUCCCACAGUUUACAGCCACAAUUUGCUUAUUGGCAACCACUAUUUCUCUCCUGACACUCCACCGGGAGCCAUUAUUGAUUAUUUUCACCUUCUUGAAAACAUGCUUGACACCAAUAGCUUUCGUGUUGUUUUAUUAUGAGACUUCAAUGUUCCUGGUUUUAACUGGGUGCGUGGAUCACUUCUGCCCAACUGUCACUACUAUGCUAAACUUAAGGGGGAUGCUAUAUACACCUCCGCAUGUCCCCUUGGCCUUUGGCAGUAUGCUGUAGCUGUUGACAACCAUAACUUACUUGACUUAGUCUUCUCUAAUCCCACCAAUCUAAAGCCUGGUCCUUCUUACUCUGAUUUGGUUAAGCCUGAUCCAUAUCACCCUCCCUUAAUUAUUGAUGUCCACCUUCCACAUUUACCUAUAAUCCUGAUUAUAAAUUCAGCCAUCAAAAAUUCGCCGCCAGCAAUUAUGCUCUGCUUUACAACACCCUAUCUGCUGGUGAUUGGUCAGGAGUAUAUAGAGCUUUUUCUGCUGAUGAUGCAGUUGCCAGCCUAAAUGCUAUUGUUGAAGCUGCCAUGGAAGAGGCAAUUCCUUGUUGCCCUACUCGCAAACCUAAAUUCCCUUUCUGGUACUCUAAUUCCUUAAGGUACUACAUUGGUAAGAAAAAUUACUUUCACCGUCACUUUAAAAAGAAAGAAACUGAUUACUGUUAUGACAGAUUCAUUUUCUAUCGUAAGCUUGUUGAAAGCACUGUCAAAACCGACAGGCUUCGAUGGCUGAAGUCAGUUAACAACGACCUGAAAUCACAACCUCAGCAUCUCUGGAAAUACGUGUCUUCUUUCAAGAAACAUACUUUAGGUUGCAUUCAGCUUCAAGUUGAUGGUGUACACUUACAUGAAACUACUUCAGUGGCUGAUACCUUUGCCAAACAUUUUCAAUCCCUCUAUGAUACCCAUUGUUCUAUAGACCUUCCCCCUCUUUCGCAACCUACUGAAUUCCUGUCUCUUGCACCUAUUUCUGAUGCGGAUGUCUACAAGGCCACCUUUAUCGGACGAACGUCAUCAUAUGAUGUCGUUAAAAGUUAGGGCAGC